UGACGUGACGCAAAAAACCUUUCUGCCCCGUGAUGCCAGAGUGACGACUGGCGAGACGCAGCAACAUGGAUGGAGGGAGACAAUCUGGAGGGGGAGGAGCAGAGGGAAAGAGACCCACGCUCUGACAUCACACGGGCUCUUAUAUACGGAGGGAAUGGAGCCCACUGCACUUCACAUUCAACCAGGAAUCUCUGACAACCAUCUCAGACAUUGAGGAGAAGAAAAAAGAAGAAGAAGCAGCAGCAGCAUCUCCAGCCACUUCAGUUGCUCUCUGACCCUUAACCUUAUGGACUAGGCUCGUCCUCAGGUGAACUCCUCACUGCGGAAGCCCCCCUUUUGUUUCACGCCGUUUCUCAUUUUGUCGUCAAGAUGCAGGCGCAGCUGGCUUGUGUGCUCCUCCUCUGUUUCCCAUGCGGCGCGCUCUGCACAGAUGUAGAGCAGGAGCAGCGAGCGCUCGCUGAGGAGCUCCUCACCAGCCUCUUCACCUCUAAGAUAAAACACAAUAGGCAGACUGCCCCCUACUGGCACGUAUCGUUGACCAACCUGUGCCGGCUGGUGGGCGGCCUGCGGCAGGAGGCGUGGAGUGGCGAGCAGGAGGACGAGGAGGAGGCAGAGGCUUCCGAGCUGAGGGAAGGGAGCCUCCCGCUGCUGGAGGAGCUGUACAGCCUCCAACACAUCUGCAGAGCGCUGCAGAGCCGGGAGGAGAGGCUACUCCGAGACUCGGUGGAAUAUUCAGAGGAGAACGGCGACGCGCCGCUGAAACGAAAAUCCCCGUACAUCCUGAAGAGGCAAGUCGCCCACAACACCAAAUCGCGGAGGCCUUACAUCUUAAAGCGGACCUCGGUUUACUGACGGCCGUCGCUCGUUCCGUCUGCGUGUGGCCGCAGAGUUUGUUCGUUUUUUUUUUCUCUCUUUUUCUCCAGUAAGAACCUGCGAUUGUACGUCCAGCGCUGAGGCCUGUCGUUAUGCUGCUGCUGACAAUAAAACAACUGAAGCAUCGUGCACAUUGUGUUUUCUCUGAGGAGCCGAAUUCAUUCAUCUGUUCCACCACUGCAACGUAAAAGAUUGUUCUAUGUUUUUAAAGCGAUUGAAGGAUUGCUAAUAAAAAGCUAGCCUGA